AUGAUGCCCAGGCUGCUCGCCUUGCUGCUGCUUCUGGCCUGGCCCCCCUCCUCGCAGCCGGCUCCCCCGACCUGCUACUCCAGGAUGCUGAGCCUGAGCCGGGAGGUCACUGGUGACUUCCAGAGCCUGCAGGCCGUGAAGCCCUCGGAGCCGUGUGUGAGAUACCUGCCCACGCUCUACCUGGAUAUACACAAUUACUGUGUGUUGGCCAAGCUGCAGGACUUCGUGGCAUCGUCCCAGUGCUGGAAGGUGGCCCAGGUGGAUGCCUUGAAGGACAAAGUGCGGAAACUGUACACCAUCAUGAACUCGUUCUGCAGGAGAGAUUUGGUGUUCCUCUCGGAUGACUGCAAUGCAUUGGAAUACCCAAUCCCAGUGACCACGGUCCUGCCAGAUGGUCAGAAAUAG